AGCGGCGCGUCCAUUUUGUAGCCGUGCCGGGUGCUCGCCUGGGCGCAGAGCGCGGGUCCCGCGGCCGGAGGAGGAGCGGCCGCACGGCUCCCGGCGGGCCCCUCCGCGUCGCCGGAGCUCCGAGGUAAGUCCCCGCCGCUGGGCUCCUCUCCGGGAGGGCCGGGACCUGCGUGGGCGGGGGCUGGCGGAAAGCGCCUUCUGCGCUCGGGCCCCCGCCGCGCCGCGGAAACCCGCGGGCCUAGGGGAGACGGCGCUGCCCGGAGUCGGCUCCGCCGCCGGGAUGCCCAGCUCCGCUGCCAGCCCCUCGCUGUCGCUGGGAGGAGAUGGCGACGCCGCGCCGGAUCCGAGCACGCGCCGGGCGGGGGCGCCCUCACCGUAACCCCUCGGCGCGGAGAGCGCCUGUUCGCCAGGCCUCGCGGGCUAGCUGCGCCUUUCCGGGAGGCGGCUGAAGACACUGAGAGUCGAGACUGCAUGCUGUGCGAAUACGUGCGUUAUACUGUCGUCUUUCUCCUUUCUCUGCAGCGGCCUACGGUCUGUAAGUUACAUCGUGAAGAAAGCCUGGUCGUCCUACCCUGGGAAAUAGUACCCCUGCCGAAUGCACCUGCUUGCAGGGGACACAGGAUGUGAUGGAGCUGCUUGAAGAAGAUCUCACAUGCCCAAUUUGUUGUGGUCUGUUUGAUGAUCCUCGAGUUUUGCCCUGCUCGCACAACUUCUGCAAAAAAUGCUUAGAAGGGCUCUUAGAGGGGAAUGUGCGGAAUUCGUUGUGGAGACCAUCUCCAUUCAAGUGCCCCACCUGCCGGAAGGAAACUUCAGCUACCGGAGUCAAUAGCCUGCAGGUCAAUUACUCCCUGAAGGGUAUAGUGGAAAAGUAUAACAAGAUCAAGCUCGCUCCCAAAAUGCCAGUGUGCAAAGGACACUUGGGGCAGCCUCUCAACAUUUUCUGCCUGACUGAUAUGCAGCUCAUUUGUGGGAUCUGUGCUACUCGUGGUGACCAUACCAAGCAUGUCUUUUGUUCUAUUGAAGAUGCCUAUGUUCAGGAAAGGAAUGCCUUUGAGUCCCUCUUCCAGAGCUUUGAGACCUGGCACCGGGGAGAUGCCCUUUCUCGCUUAGAUACCUUAGAAACGAGCAAGAGGAAAUCCCUACAGUUACUGACUAAAGAUUCAGAUAAAGUGAAGGAGUUUUUUGAAAAAUUACAGCACACAUUGGAUCAAAAGAAAAAUGAAAUCUUGUCUGACUUUGAGACCAUGAAACUUGCAGUUAUGCAAGCCUAUGACCCCGAGAUCAACAAACUCAGCACCAUCUUACAGGAGCAACAGAUGGCCUUUAACAUUGCUGAGGCCUUCAAGGAUGUGUCAGAACCCAUCGUAUUUCUGCAACAGAUGCAGGAAUUCAGGGAAAAAAUCAGAGUAAUCAAGGAAACCCCUCUGCCUCCUUCUAAUUUGCCCAUAAGCCCUUUAAUGAGGAACUUUGAUACCAGUCAGUGGGAGGACAUAAAACUAGUAGAUGUGGAUAAACUUUCUUUGCCUCAAGACACUGGCACAUUCAUUAGCAAGAUUCCCUGGAACUUUUAUCAGUUAGUUGUGGUGGUUCUUCUCCUUGGCCUUCAUAUUUCUCUCAGUCCUACCGUAUUCCCGGAAUGGUCUUUAAUUGAUGAACUCACAGCUUGGAAAGAUCAUCUUGCAAGUUUCAGUUCCUACUAUCUGACUAAAUCAGCUGAUAUUGUAAAACAGUCAUUUUUUUCCUGGGAACAGGUGACAGAUGGGUUUUUCAUUUUCAGUGAGAGAUUCAAGAAUUAUACUUUAAUGGUGCUAAACAAUGUGGCAGAAUUUGUGUGCAAAUAUAAACUAUUAUAAAACCUGUUUCAACUACA